AUGUCCUUUGGACAUAGAGAAUUGCCGGAGAUUGAGCAUGACUUGUCACAUCACUAUCUCAACGUGCUGGUCACUGCUCUGUUGUUGCCCACAGUUACCGAAGCUGACCUGGAGGACUACGGGACCCAGGUCAUGGGGAUGAUGAUGAGUUGCGACAGCGUUAAAUAUGCUGUUCUGGCCAAUUCCGCCUCCAAUAAAUUCAUGCUCACCAAGAACUGCCGAUAUCACAGUACCGCGUUGCGGUACUAUUUGCGGGCCAUCGAGUCAGUCAAUCGUUCGAUCCUAGAUCUAGGCUCUUCUCACGAAAGCCCAAGCGACACACUUCUGACGACGGUGGUAUAUCUUUACCUCUAUAAUGUGAGCCAAUCUCCGUCCGUCCCAGACGACAACCCCAACACUGACUUUUACAAUCUGCAGUUCUGGGGCGCAGAUACGUCUCUUGACGCCAGGAAACACGUCGAUGGUGCUAUGAGUCUACUGAAAUUACGUUACGAAGACAAAAGCUCGCCUUUGUCCAUGUCCAGCACGCUCCACAGACUAGCAACAGAGAGUGUCCUGUACCAAGCCUUUCUUCUAGCCGCAAGAAAACCGUUUGCGCCAAACUUCCACAUCGAUCCGCAUUUCAUGGCUCAAUCAGAGAGCUUCUUGGACAAUAAGCUGAUCAACACGCUAUUCUCGGAUUCGAGUCUUGUUCUCGGGCUUCCACUACGUCUAUACCGUCUCAUAACAGUUAUAAUUGAUUUGCUUAACUCUCCUGAAUACCCCGGCGCGGAUACUGUGACGAGGUUGCUACAGGAGAUCAAGCCAUGGGAAGAAUUCGUCACUACGGAUAGAGCAGAAACCGGCAGUGUCCCGUUUUCAACUCCGUCCGAAAGGUUUCAGAGGGACGCAAUUACGCUCUUCGUUUUAGCUGCGUCUCUUCUUCUUGAUUACAUUACAGAGUACUCUAUCUCAACACCGUCGACGAGAGAGGCAGGGCUCUUAGGAAUUACCGGUGGCACCACCUCACCAUUUCUACAAACAACUCGAUGGCAGGUUGUUCGUGCUCUAUCUAUCUUGCGUCGCCCAGAAGCAUACGAAAUCUGGACACGUUGCUAUUUGGGUGCAUGGCCCAUGCUGAUUUUAGGCUACUCUGUCACCUCCAAGGAGGACAUUGACCUAGUAAAGCUGGUACUACAUCAGAUGCGUGACCGCAUGGGUUAUGGAGAGAUACAGAGAAUUAUAGAUGAUUUGAGGGAUGUGUGGUCUAUGAGGGAACGGGCCACGGUAGACUCCCAGUAA